UUGCUAGGACAAGUGAUGUCACAGGCGAGUAACAGCCAGUCCACAACGAAGGACAAUCCUACAGUGGGGAAGAAGCUUCCAUCAAAAUCCGUCUCCAUCCUGCUUCAUUUCGGGAAAGAUUAUAUUUUAAAAAGCAAGAACAUAGUCUACACGUUCUAAGCUUUUGGCAAUACCAAUAUCGUUGUGUUCUGAAAAAGACAUAGGUAUAAAAGGGAUGGUGAAAGUUGGAUUGUUACAGAAGCAAUUGAAUCAUCUUCUAUUAUUCAGGGGAGGGGGGUGUCUGAAUAAAGGAGUUUGUAUACCAGCAAAGUAAGGUUAUAUUUGGGGUGGUUAGGUAACUAAAGAGGACAAAAACACCAGGGUGGAUUUUUCAAAACAACACAUUCUGAAGAUUGCUUCGUAAGAAUAACAUUGAAACAUGGAAUUAAGAGUGGGAAACCGAUACAGGCUGGGAAGGAAAAUUGGAAGUGGAUCCUUUGGAGACAUCUAUUUAGGCACAGACAUCUCAGUGGGAGAGGAAGUGGCCAUCAAGCUGGAAUGUGUGAAGACCAAGCACCCACAGCUCCACAUCGAGAGCAAGAUCUACAAGAUGAUGCAGGGAGGAGUGGGCAUCCCUACAAUAAAGUGGUGUGGAGCAGAGGGAGACUACAAUGUGAUGGUGAUGGAGCUGCUAGGCCCCAGUCUGGAGGAUCUGUUCAACUUCUGCUCCCGCAAGUUCAGCCUCAAGACUGUCCUGCUGCUGGCUGACCAGAUGAUCAGUCGUAUUGAGUACAUCCACUCUAAGAACUUCAUCCACAGAGAUGUGAAGCCUGACAACUUCCUGAUGGGCCUGGGCAAGAAGGGCAACCUGGUGUACAUCAUUGACUUUGGCCUGGCCAAGAAGUACCGCGACGCCCGCACACACCAGCACAUCCCCUACCGCGAGAACAAGAACCUGACCGGCACGGCACGCUAUGCAUCCAUCAACACACAUCUGGGGAUAGAGCAGUCUCGUCGUGAUGACCUGGAGUCUCUGGGUUACGUCCUGAUGUACUUCAACCUGGGCUCUCUGCCCUGGCAGGGCCUCAAGGCCGCCACCAAGAGGCAGAAGUACGAACGCAUCAGCGAGAAGAAGAUGUCCACCCCUAUCGAGGUGCUCUGCAAGGGAUACCCCUCGGAGUUCUCCACCUACCUGAACUUCUGUCGCUCUCUGCGGUUCGAUGACAAGCCGGACUACUCGUACCUGAGACAGCUGUUCAGAAACCUGUUCCACAGACAGGGCUUCUCCUACGACUACGUCUUUGACUGGAACAUGCUCAAGUUUACUGCCCCUAAUUCCAAGGGGGCCAACCGUGCAGCGGAGGAGGCGGAGCGGGAGCGGAGGGACAGAGAGGAUAGGCUGAGACACGGCAGAAACCCUGGGGCCAGGGGACUCCCAGCCGCCUCAGGACGACCCCGAGGAACACAGGAUCCGGCGCCGCCUACACCCCUCACACCCACCUCACACACAGCCAACAUGUCUCCACGACCGGCGUCCGGUAUGGAACGGGAGAGAAAAGUGAGCAUGCGGCUUCACCGGGGAGCUCCCGUUAACGUCUCCUCGUCCGACCUGACGGGACACCAGGACACCUCUCGCAUGUCCACCUCACAGAAUAGCAUUCCCUUCGACAAUCACGCCAACUAGAUGCUCGCCAUAUCCUUGUGUGAUGGCCCGAUGGCCACACUGGUUGGUGUCUGGCAUAAUUCCUGGUGGCCUCCACUCUGCAGCGCCUCGAUGAGACAAGACCCACAAUGCCACUGGCACAGCAGAGGACUGCGCCAAGCCUGGCUCAACCAAUCGGCAGCCAGCUCGCUAACUACUACAGAAACCAUCGGAAGACCACCUCUCUCCUGACCUGGCAGUGUCUGGUUGUUCCUUUCUUUCACACUAGUUAUCUUGUUCCUUGCCCACUCGGGCUCUCUCUCCCUCUAUGCUCUCUUUCUCUACUCUCUCCUGAACACUUACAAUUGUUUUGAUAAAGAAACUUGGAAAUAAGUACCACAUCUGCGACCUCUUUUCCCAGAGACAUUUUCCAUGCCUGUGCAGAGACUGUGGUCUUCGCUGUGAUGGCGAUCUAACAGAGUUCUUUUAAGACUGAAACGACAAACGGAAUGACAACAACUGCCACCGUUAUUGCCGUGGUUACUACUCCUCAUCCAUGGCACUUUGUCAAUAAAGACACUCAUUUCUACUCCCACUGUACAUUACUACAUAAUAAAUCUGAUAUGAAAAGAGCUGAUCCAAGAUUGCGGCUCUGUUUUAAAUGGGUCGUUUUGGGUGUACUGCUUUUCAUUUGUACUUAUUUACAGAUCUGUUUUCUCUGACCACUAGCUGGUUUUCUAUUGUUUUCACUGCUCUGGUCUGUAACUCUAAAGCCAUUUGUAGUACAUACUAUUUGCAUGUUUUAACACUCAGCCUCCCUUUGAACUGCUAAUGUGUAGGGUUUCAACUCUAAAUCACAUCUGAAAUUCUCAUCUGUAUUUCUAGAUGGGGUUUUAUGGUCAAAGUUGCUCAAGUUGUAUAUGUAUAGGAGGGCCCCGUAAAGGUUUUCUCUUCUCCCCAACCAAAACAGUCUCUCAUGGACUACUGUACAGAUCUACAUGCUCAUUUCCUGUUAUUUGUAAUAUUUCUAAGCUGUGAAAUACAUGUAAUAUAGAUGUUUACUUUUUGAGGUGAAUUUGGGUUGGGUUUCUUACAUUGGGUCUGCUCAAAAGUGUGACAUCACUGUCCUAUAAUCGGUCUGGUUCGGUCCAGUUUUGGGCUGUCAUAAUCAUUGUCCGUGCCCUGGCUUUUGCUGUGUCUGUCCAAAAAGAUGAAGUGCAGGAUUGUUUUAGUUGGAGUGCCUCAAAUUCACAAAAAUUGAGAGCACUCGCACAGAGAGACUUUAGUGUCAGUUUAAAAUAGCAGCCAUUUAACAAUGAUUUUGUUUAAUUGAUUGUGAACUGACAUUUUUAUAUUUUCUUAUUGGCUCCAUGAUGUGAACACUGGUGUUAUUUGUACAUGUUUUGAGAAAUUAAAUGGUUCUGCACUGAUGUGGCUACAAGCAGGGGCAAGUGCACUUAACUAAACAUCUGCGUUUACUUUGUCUAUCUCCUGAUAAUGAACCGAUUGACACUUCUCUUGGGUGGGCUAUGGUCUUUGACGUUCAACUCAAUGGUCGCGUUACCCAGUUCAGACGUUGCAUGCAUCAACCAAUGAUUGUGUGCCACAUCGACUGCUGUCGGGCACGAGAUCGCUAUAACGUGGUUAGCUGAUACCUUAUAUACCUAUCCAUGCUUUGUAAGAUCUGACAUGCGUUAGCAACACCUGGGCAGAGUAACGCGCCAAAUCUCUUUACUGGUCUUCAGCAAAGAGUGUGGAGCAAGAGUUUGGGAUAUUCAACUCAACCUCAGUCAGCAAAAUGUGUAUUUUUGGUUCACCCCUAUAGAACCAUUUUAAUGCAGGCCUGAUUCCUGACUACCGGUAGUCAUUUUAUCCUAUGGUUUGACCCAUGGGCAGUUUGGUCAAUCACUGACUCACCCUUCUAUGUGUAAUUAACUAAGCUACCAGCUCUGAAAGAAUAUUACUUUAUCUCUCAUUUGUAUUUGCCACUGUAUUUGUGUACUUUAAAAACUGUAAAUAAAGGAAGUACUUGUA